AUGGGUGGCACAUUAUCAUUGUAUGGAGAUUGGGGGGAUGAAGCUGAACAAAAUGAAAAUGGUGUAUCAAAUAAUAAUAAUAAUAGUAAUAGUAAUAGCCACACUGUAAAUAGCAUUAAUCGUAAUGGCAGUAAUAUAACCACCCUCAAUAACUCAAAUAAUAAAAAUUUAAAUAGUAAUAAUAAUAGGAAAAAUAUAAAUCCAUCAUCGGAUUUACAUAGAGAAGAUGAUGAGGAAAGAAGAAAAUAUUUAAAUAGCAUUAGGGAAUUAGAAAGUAAAUUUAAACUAACUCAACAGGAAGCACAUAAACUAAGGUCUCACAAAUCUGCCAUCACAAUUCAAAAAUUUUGGAAAGGUUAUACACAAAGAAAAAAAUGGAGUUUAUUUUUAACCAAAUCACAGGUUAUUAAAGAAUUGUUAAUUACAGAAAGAGAUUAUGUUAAAUUUUUAAAUAUUAUUGUCAAUGUUUAUAUGGUACCUUUAAAAGAGUUAUCACAAAAAACAUCAGGUGGAACAUUAAGUAAAGAAACAAGUAGAAUAAUCAAAAAUAUUAAAAAUGAAGGAGGUCAAAGUUUAUUAUUAAAUUUAGAUCAACCACCACUUAGUCAAGAGGAAGUAAAGAUAGUUUUUUCACAAAUUGAGGUAAUUUUAUUGUAUAAUUCAAUGUUAUUGGAAAAAUUAUCAAGUAGAAUCUAUAAUGAUUCAUGGAGUUACCAUCAAAGAAUAGGUGAUAUAUUUUUAGAGAUGAUUCAUUUUCUUAAAGUACCAUACAGACACUACAUUACAAAUUUUACUCAGUGUUUAAAAGUAUUAGAAGCAGCAUCAAAAAGACCAUCAUAUGUAUUAUUCAUUCAAGAAUGUAAAUCAUUGACCGAGGUAGCACGUCGUGAUCUUCAAUCAUUCGUUAGUAUGCCAAUUCAACGUAUACCCAGGUAUGUCUUGUUGUUAAGAGAGUUAAUAAAAUUUACACACAAGAGUGACCCAGACUAUCACAAUAUUCAACAAGCAUUGCACAGUAUGGAAACUAUUGCUGAUAUCAUCAAUAAACAAAUGCGUGAAGAAGAGAUCUCCAGAGAAAUGAUUGCAAUCAAUGAUAAGUUAACACCAAAAAUCAAAAAUCUUAUUGAGCCCCAUCGUCGUCUUAUCAAAGAGGGUGAGGUCAAAGUUUAUAAAGCAGAUGGAAAUGACCACGAUAUAGCGACUGGCACAAUCAGACCAAGUUCAAUUUGGAAAAUUCAAAGCCCACGUUUUAGAUAUAUUUAUUUAUUUAAUGACUCUUUUGUAUUAUCAAAAAAAAACAAAACUUUGUAUAAAGUUGAAAAAUAUGUAAAUUUAGAAUAUAGUACCGUUAUUGAUCGUUCAAAAUCAAUUAAAGUAGUGGAGUCUGCAGAUUCUCAUGAUGAUCUAGAUAAUGGUUCAGAUACUUGUAAUAUAGAAAAUAGUGAUACAGAAAGUGGCAGCAAAAAAAACACAGCAAAUAGUAUUAGUAUACCGAAAAGUACCAGCAAUGGUACUUUAACAAGUCCAGAUAGAAAAUUAAGUAUUUCAAGUUUGAUUGAAAGUAUUGGUAGUGGCAGAGAAAGUGUUAAAGCUCAAUCAGAGGGUGAUAGAUAUUACUUCAAGUUACAUACAUUAGAAUGCACAUUGGUAAUUUGUUUACCAAAUGAAGAAGAAAAAGAACAAUGGAGAAAUGCAUUCGUUAAUGUUAUUAAUCAAGUCACAGAGAAUACUUUAUCAUUUAAUCCCAAAUGGUCAACUAAUCAAUUAAUAUCGGGUAUUGAUGCUAAAGAUUCAAGCAUAUCAAGUGUUAUCUCAUCAUUUACAUCACCAUCAUUAAAUCGUUUAUCACCUUAUCACAGUAAGCUUUCUUCACCAAUGCGUGGUACUCUCUUAACAGUCGAUAAUUUUUCGAUUAAAGAAUCAAUCAAUGAAUUAUUAGCUUUAAAUAAACCAAUUAAAGGAAUGGAAAAUACAGAUUCAAAUAAUACUUUUGAUGCCAAAUCGCCAUCAUUAACAAAAUCAGAUUCGGAUGAUUUAAUUUCCUUAGAUAAUAGUGGUUGA